UCAGGCUUUUGAGUUGCGACUACAACAAAUAUUUCACGGCCGUAAGAUUUGUAAGCAGCAGUGAGAAAACAUACAACAUGUUUUCCUUCAACAUGUUUGACCACCCGAUGCCGCGGGGCUUUCAGAACCGGUUUUCCACACAGUACCGCUGCUAUUCGGUGUCUAUGUUGGCGGGGCCCAACGACCGGUCAGAUGUGGAAAAAGGAGGAAAAAUCAUCAUGCCUCCCUCUGCUCUGGACCAGCUGAGCAGACUGAAUAUCACAUACCCCAUGUUGUUCAAACUGACCAAUAAGAACUCAGACAGAAUGACACACUGCGGGGUUCUGGAAUUUGUUGCUGAUGAAGGAAUCUGCUAUCUGCCCCACUGGAUGAUGCAGAACUUGUUGUUGGAAGAAGGAGGUUUGGUCCAGGUUGAGAGUGUUAAUCUCAUGGUGGCAACAUACUCCAAAUUUCAACCUCAGAGUCCUGACUUCCUGGACAUCACCAACCCCAAAGCAGUAUUAGAAAAUGCGUUGAGAAAUUUUGCUUGUUUGACGACCGGUGAUGUCAUCGCCAUCAAUUACAACGAAAAGAUCUAUGAGCUGCGUGUGAUGGAGACCAAACCAGACAAGGCCGUGUCCAUCAUCGAGUGUGAUAUGAAUGUGGACUUUGAUGCUCCUCUUGGUUACAAAGAGCCAGAGAGACACUCACAGCAUCACGAAGAGCCUACAGAGGAGGAGACUGACCCCGCUAACUAUGAAAUGGAUGUGGGUUUCAGGGCAUUCACAGGGUCCGGGAAUCGGUUGGAUGGAAAAAAGAAAGGCAUCGAGCCUAGUCCCGCCCCCAUUGAUCCAAGCGACAUCAGACGGGGGAUCCCAAACUACGAGUUCAAAGUCGGCAGGAUCACCUUCAUUCGAAAUUCCCGGCCGCAGCCCAAGAAAACAGAAGAGGAUGACUCGGUGAGCAACUUCAUCGCUUUCUCUGGAGAGGGUCAGUCGCUGCGUAAGAAAGGGAGGAAGCCCUGAACGGAUAAAUAUUGUCCAUCAGUCAUCAAGAAAGGAGUUACACCGGAUGAGCUCUCACCACACCUGGGUCAACUGUCUGUUUGAAGUAUUUGAAUGAUCAGCCCAAUUGCCUCUCUGGAUUAUUAAAGUAAAAGCAGGACAGAAUGUGUUAAUGGGAUGGAUAAAUUAUUGAAAAAAAAAAAAAAAAAAAAAGCAUCACAUGAAGUCAUGUAUAAAAACCUAAUAAUUAACGAUUACAGUUAUGCUAGUGAUUCAGAUUUGUGACCAAAAGGGUAAGCUCACAGAGGAAAGAAACACUAAAAUUAGCACAGGGGCUAUCUUUCAGAUACAACAAAUACUAUGUUGUCUCCGAUUUGGUUACCGCUCAAUCAUUCUCUUCUUUGGCUCUAACAGAGCUUACAGUUCUGUUUCAUUUCUUUGGAUAUUGAUUUCUUUUUCUAAGAAGGACUAUAUCUAUUAAAAAAUAUUGUAAAUGGAUCUCUCUUUUUUUUUGGAAAAAGUAUUGGAACAGGUCCAUUGGUAUGAAUGAAUCUUUAAUUUUUACAUUUCUGAAGCAUCGGAGGCUCCACAGUGAGCACUGGGAAUUAUGAAAGAAAUAGAAUAAAAACGUUUCGUUUAUUUAUAUGCAGUGCUUACUUUCAGGUUUUCAAUAAAGCUUACUCU